AUGAAAAAAGCUGAUCAUUUCUCCUGGACCCCUGAGGCCGAGAAAGCCCUCGACAACUUGAAAAAGACGCUGACCAUCGCCCCGGUCCUAGUUCCCCCUCAGCCUGCGGAGCCUCUGCUCCUGUAUGUCGCAGCAACGACCCAGGUGGUUAGUGCGGCUCUGGUGGUCGAGAGGCCGGAGGAAGGACAUGCGUUACCAGUCGAGCGGCCGGUCAACUUCAUCAGCGAGGUGCUCUCGGUAACCAAGAAUCGAGAGGCCACUGGGAGGAUCGCCAAAUGGUCAGUUAAGCUCAUGGGUGAGACCCUCACUUAUGCGCCCCACAAAGCCAUCAAUUCUCAAGCCCUGGCGGAUUUCGUCGCGGAAUGGACAAACACUCAGCUCCCCCCAACUCAGGUUCAAGCAGAGCUGUGGACGAUGUACUUCGACGGAUCCCUCAUGAAGACAAGAGCUGGGGCAGGUCUGCUACUCAUCUCAGCCCUCGGCGUCCACAUGAGGUAUGUCAUUAGAAUACACUUCGACGCGUCCAACAACGUUGCAGAAUACGAGGCCCUCGUCAAUGGGGUUCGUCGCCUCAACGUUCGAGGCGACUCUCAGCUAGUCAUCGACCAAGUAAUGAAGGCCUCGAGCUACCAUGACCCGAAAAUGGAGGCAUACAGCAAGGAAGUACGCGGGCUCGAGGACAAAUUCCACGGCCUCGAGCAUGACGAUACAACAAAGCAGUCGACGAGCUCGCUAAGAUCGCAUCAACUCGAGGCACCGUCCCACUGGACGCAUUCUCGAGGGACCUGCACGAGCCGUCCGUCAACGUAA